AGCGGCGGCGCGGCUGCCUUCGGCCGCUCCCCGCCGCCUCUGCUGGGGGAAGGCGGCUGUGUAGCCCCUGCUGGGACGCUUUCCCGCGUCGCCCCCCACCUCGGACUGGCGGCAGCGCGGACGCCUGCGGGCUGGGCCUACCGCAGCGCCCGCGGGAGGAUGCAGGCCGGCCGGGGCGGCCUCCUCCGCCCUAGCCGACGGCUCUGAACCUGCCGCGAGUGGCAGAGCCCCGCGUCCCCCGUGGGUACGGCUGAAGGCUGAGCGAGGGGAGACAGUUUCAGGGUUCUAAGGGAAGCAAUGAGACUGAAAUUUCUGCACCUUCAGACUAGAUCUUUCCACGCUUUGAUGACAAGAUGCCGAUGCCAAAGCUUUAAUACAACUGGACCUGUGCUAUUAAAGCUGGAUAAUGGAGUGGACAGAACAGCAAAGUCUUGGAAUUUGUAUGCUCUGAAAACUGUUUCUGCUUGUUUGACAAGUCAAUGUAUGCAAGUCAAGAAUGGGCAAUUGCUCCAAGGAAUUGUACCAGCUUUGGGAAAGAAUGUUUAUCAUCAGAGCAGGGAAGGUUUUUUUCCAUCCUGGAAACGUUUUGGUGUGGCUAUGUUGGAAAACUACAAACUCAAUACAGAGCGUGUUAAAAAGCUUAGGAACAUAUCAACAAGAUUUUUCUCGGUUGUACCAGCUGGUAAAAUUCUUCCAAAACACACUAACCAGCCAGUUAAGAGGCCACCGAAGGCACCAAGGACCAAGCAGCCAUCCAGAACUAACCAGCCACUACUGUCAGACAUGAAGAAUCUGAUGCAGUGCACAGCCUUUGCAACAGCAGAUGAGUAUCACCUUGGUAAUCUGUGUCAUGACCUGACUUCACAUGGAUAUGUUGAAAUAACAAGUUUGCCUAGAGAUGCUGCAAACGUCUUGGUGAUUGGUACUGAGAAAUCUGCAAAAGAUGAUGAUUCUGGAAUGAUUUUUUUCUUCAGGGAAGGGGCUGUUGUAUUUUGGAAUGUGGAAGAGAAAAGUAUGAAGAAUAUAAUGCGACUACUAGAACAGCAUGAAAUUCAGCCCUAUGAAGUUGCACUAGUCCAUUGGGAGAAUGAAGAGAUGAACUACAGAAUAGGAGAAGGUCAGUCAAAGCUUCAUAAAGGAGAAAUCUUGUUAAAUUCUGAGCUGGAUAGUGAUGAAGUUGUUCUGCAGAAAUUUGCCUUUUCAAAUGCCCUUUGUCUUUCUGUAAAGCUGGCUAUUUGGGAAUCGUUACUGGAUAACUUUGUGGAAUCCAUCCAGUCAAUUCCUGAGAUACUAAAGUCACGAAGAAAAGUAAAACUGUCUCAUGCAGAUGUAAUGCAGAAAAUUGGAGAACUCUUCGCAUUAAGCAACGCAUGGCUCAUAACCAGUGACUGUAGCUGAUCCUGAAGUAUGCAGAGGAUACCAGGAGGAAGGACAGGGGUAAGCAGAACUGUUACCUAUGGGCUAGAGUUAGUAAAACUUUUCUGAAUCUCAUUCUUCCCUUAAGUUGUUCAGAAACCACUGCUACGUUGUGAAUUAAUGGGGUUUUUUUCCCAUUAAAUUAAUUCCCACUAAAUUAAUUAAAUUCUCAUUCUCCAAUUGAUUGUACAUAACAUUAAGAAUACAUACCAUUCAGAACACACUCUUACAAGAAAAACCCACCCUCAAAAUCAGUGAAGGAGGUGGACCUGCUGGAGCAGGGGGUUUGGAAUAGAUUAUCUUUAGAAGUUCCAACCCCUACCAUUCUGUAAUUCUGUGAAAUAAGUUUUUAUGGAGUCCUCCAGUAACUUUAACUCUUGUACUAUUCGGCAAGCUACUGGCAUAGUCAAGGAUUUCUCUGCAGGUACCAAAAGUUAAGGAAGGUAGCAAGUUUUUGCCAAAAAAGUCAUUUAUGCUCACUAUAGUAUUCCCAGAAAAGUUUCAGGAGAUAUGAUUAACUUUAAUAAAAAUACAACUGUAGUAAUUGUUUAAGGGAUUCUUUUCAUAUUUUACUUAAAAGUUACAGGACAAUUUUCCUG